AGAGUGUGUGUGUGUGUGAGAGAGAGAGAGACAGAGAGAGAGAGAGAGAGAGUGAAUGAGAGAGAGAAAGGGAGAGAGAGAAGGGGAGAGAUGAAGAGAAAAAUUGCUCUGGACACUUCAGUCAUUUGUCAAUCGAUCGGAAUUGGCUUUGUGUUUGGAUGUAGCCGAUUCCCAGCAGUCAGGGAUGUUGAAAGGCGCAUAAUGGACCCCAGGAAUACAGCGGCUGUGCUGUGUGCCGUCAUGCUGUACCUGAAUGCAGAUAAGGAGAGGAUACAUCACAGUCUUCCACCCUAACCAAGGAGAGGAUACAUCACAGUCUUCCUCCCUAACCAAGGAGAGUACACAUCACAGUCUUCCUCCCUAGACAAGGAGAUGAUACAUCGCAGUCUUCCUCCCUAGACAAGGAGAGUAUACAUCACAGUCUUCCUCCCUAGACAAAGAGAGGAUACAUCACAGUCUUCCUCCCUAGACAAGGAGAGUAUACAUCACAGUCUUCCUUAACCCUGCUCCCUUGCUACUGAGAACUGGUUACCAGUGGGGUCCUGGCAAGUACCUAGGGUUUUGGAUACAGUGGGUAAGAUGAGCCCUAGUAAGCUUAACUAACCCUACCCCUGGUAUGCAAUCAACCUUGUACAAGAAUGGUUCCUUAAUGUUCAGCACCUGGUUGUAUGCACCCAGUACAAGAACACAAUGGUUCCCGAACAUUCAACAGUGUUUCCUUCCCACAAAUGCAAAUGUAAAAUUUAUUUAAUAUAACAUUUUGUGCUGUGACUUGACUGGGUGUACAGACCCCCUCCUGCACUCCAAGUGAGCCCCUUUUCCACCCUAGGAACCUUCUCAGGAAGCCAUUUUUCCACAGGAGGAACAAGGCCCGAUUUUAGUUCCUGUGCGAUUUCUGUUUAGUCCCUGCUCACAAGGUAGUACUUUUCUAAGAUACCAGGAAGAAUGGAUUGGAGCUGGCAGUCUUGUACAUCGCUGAUUGGUCAGCCGCAAAUUUCCAGUGAAUCAACCACUCAAAAAUAAUUCAUUUAGAUUAUGAAACUGCAAUUAAGACUUGACUUCAUCACCAAUGAUGAGAGUCUGAGAGUAUUGAGGGCACUUGAAUCCCCGACUUGUAACAAAUAGGUAAUAUUUAUUUGCAUUUCACUGAACUGCAUGGGCAUAGACUACUCACCUAAACAGUGCUAGGAAAAAAACUUAUAGACUCCAAAAAAAUAAAAGACUACAGGCUGACCAGUAAAUACAUACUGUUACAGCAGACCUCCUCCUUUGCAUAUCUUCAGGGUUCUGGUGAUGGGGUGGGAAAGCAAACACAAAUGUAGUUCCUGUUGUGGAUUGUUCCUGCCUGAUUUUAGUUCCUACAACCCAGUGGAAACGGGGCAGACCCUCCCCAGAAAAUCUCUGAAAGACAUUUCAGCUGACUGAGCCACAUAGGAGCCUUGCUGUAGUGUAUUUUGUCCUCCACAACUCUAGGUGUCGCUGUGGCAAUGCAGGUGACCUCCAAUGGUCCUCAGACGAUUCAGAAGGCUCAGGGAGAGAAAGCUGCCCUGGAGUGCACAUACACCCCUGGAUCCAAUGAUGUGGGAGAUCUGGAUAUUGAAUGGUCGCUUGUCAGUCCUGACAUGACCCAGAAAGACACUCUGAUCCUGUCCUUCGCAGGAGGGAGGAAAUGGAUACAUGGAGACCCCAGCCUCACAAAGGGGUUGGAUUUUAGGGCAGGGGACCCCAGCCAUGGAGAUGCCUCCAUUUCCAUCUCAGCUCUGGAGGUGUCUCACACGGGCACGUACCAGUGUAAGGUGAAGAAAGCUCCAGGCGUGGACAUGCGCAAAGUCACGCUGGUGGUCAUGGUGCCCCCUUCAGUGCCCACAUGCAGGGCUGAAGGCAGCCCGUCUAUAGGGGGAGCGCUCUCUCUCCACUGCAAGUCUUCACAGGGAUCCACCCCCCUGCACUACGUAUGGGAGAAAGCGGGCGGGGCCGGGAUUCACCCCAGUAUUACGCAAGACUCUAUAACAGGUGUGCUGCAUAUUAGCAACCACUCUGAGACGUUUGCUGGGAUGUACAGAUGUGAGGCCAGCAAUGCCGUGGGGUCAGAGCACUGCACGUUUGCCCUGCGUGCAGAGAAACCCCCCAGCAGAGCUGGUGUAAUUGCAGGCACUGUGAUUGGUGUUCUGCUGCUGAUAAUCAUCUUACUGCUGCUGGUCUGUCUUCUGAUUUGCCGAUAUGGUAGAAGGUGCAAGGACAAGGAAGUAGCCAAUGACAUCAGAGAGGAUUCUCCGCCCCCGGAGAGUCGCACCCAAAGCCGAAUCUCCGCCUUCCGCCCAGGCGUGGCCUACAGCUCCGUGGGCACUGGGCAGCCGUGGGCGGAGUCAGAGUUCAGCAGUGACCUCACAGACUCCAGCAAAGCGCUGAAACCCCCCUCCUCCACCAGCACGGGGGCGCUAAGGCGCGCGUACGACAGCAGAUACGGACACCCCGUCUGAGGACUGAGGGGAAGAAGUGGGCAGGGGGGGGGCGCUUUGAGCACCCUAGGCACCUUCCUUGCUUCGGUGACGACUGGAAGGCAGCAGAACUAGAGGAUGCUUAGUGACAGAUUAGCAGACUAGUGAGUUUAGCAACAUCGCCACACGUGGAUUUUAUGAUGAAUGACAUAAAAGGAAAACUGCCUGAGGAAGAUGAAUCAGCUGAGGCUGGCCGAGCUGAACCCUCGGGCCUGCGGUCUUGGAGGCAGCAGCUGCCUUCCAGUCAUCCCUGUGGGAAGGAAAGCACCACGGACACUGCGAAUGUGAUGGGGAGUAAUUACCAGUGAUACUCACAGUGAUGUGAUAGACAGGUCCACACACGCGCACGUGUACACACACAUGCGCGCAUGUAUACACACGCAUACUCACACACGCAUGCACGUGUACACACACACACACACUUUUCAAGAACAUCCUCAGAUGUGUACACAUUGCACACACACAUUAGGGAAUAGGCUUGCACACAGACACUUUUUUGAAUAAGGAAAUAGCACAGGUCUUUACUUCGCUGUAGUGAAAGUGGGGAGUAGUUCAAAUGUGAAGCGGUGUGUGUGUGUGCAUGUGUGUGUGUGUGCGCUUACAUGUGCGUGCAUGUGUGUAUGCGUGCAUGUGCGAAUGAGAGAUCAGUAAUGCAUUUUUAGAUUUGAUUCUAAGUGUCUGUGGGUCUACUUCAAACUGUAAAUAAAAGUAAUACUUUUGCGCGUUAUCUAUGUUUAAAGAGCUGAAAACAUUUCUGAUGUGUGUUUUGUGAUGGAUGGUUUUAUAUGUUUGAGUAAUAAACACAUUUCAACACAAGGA